CGUAGGGUGGAUGACUUGGCUGCCAACAUUGCCUUCAUCAUCUCAUCGUCGCCGAAAGACACAUUAAUUGUAUAGACGAGUCGCACGAGCCUCAUCAAUACGCUAUGGCUAACCCUAAGAUCCUCGUCGUCCUCACGAGCCACGACGAGCACACUAAGCUCCCUGGCCAAAAGACGGGCUGGUACCUUCCCGAGCUGUCGCACCCCCACGCUGUCCUCCACAAGGAUUUUGAAAUCGUCUCGGCCUCGCCCAAGGGCGGCAAGGCGCCCCUCGACCCCGGAUCGGCCGAGGCCUUCGCAUCCGACCCCGAGUCCAAGGCCUUCCUCGAGAACCACGCGCACGUCUUCGAGCAGACGCGCCCGCUCAGCGAGUUCCUCGGGCGGUCGGGCGAGUUCGCCGCCCUCUUCUACCCGGGCGGCCACGGCCCCAUGUACGACCUCUACGACCACCCGGACUCCAUCGCCCUCAUCGAGGAGUUUGACCGCGCCGGCAAGCCCGUCGCCGCCGUCUGCCACGGGCCCAUCGUCCUGGCCAAGGCGCGACGCCCCGACGGCCGGCCCCUCGUGCAGGGCCGCCGCGCCACCGGCUUCACCAACAAGGAGGAGGACAUGGUCGAGCUGACCCAGCACAUGCCCGUGCUGCUCGAGGACGAGUUCAAAAAGGCCGGCGCCCUGUGGGAGGCGGCGGACCCCUGGGCGGAGCGCGUCGUCGUCGACGGCAACAUCAUCACGGGCCAGAACCCGGCGUCGGCGCGGCGCCUCGGCGAGGAGCUGGCCAAGGCCGUUCGCGCGCAGCAGCAAAAGUAGUGGACGCACGGAGUUGGCUGACGAGAAAAGAGUUGUCAGGGCCCUAGAUACAAAAUGAUCAAAAGUGUUACAAGCGUGAAUGAAACCCAAUUGACCUAAUUAUGGCGCU